AACCGUCCUACUUGGCAGCAAACCUUUCCUAGCGGCGAAUGACCAUGUGUAGCGGAGCAAGGCUGGCCCUGCUGGUCUACGGGAUAAUAAUGCACAGCAGCGCGUACUGCUCACCUGACACCACCGGGCUCCCGUUUCCUGGGAUCAGGUCGGAUGACGAGGCGUACGACGAGGACGGAAAUCAGCUGCUAAACUUCCAUGACUUGGAGCUGCCGGGCGCAGAGAGCCCUGCCUCCGCGCACCGCGAACCCGAAGCGCUCAAUCACCCAGGGGAGAUAAGAGAUGUCGCCCGUGUGAUCCUUAACAAGGCCUACCACAAAGUGCUGGACCAGCUGUCCCGCAAGAAAUUACUGCAGAAGCUCGUGGCCAAGGGCGUGGGUGGCAUUCGAAGUGGUAACAGGAAGGACGACUGGGAUCCGCUCUCCAAGCGCCACUCGGAUGGAAUCUUCACGGACAGCUACAGCCGCUACAGGAAACAAAUGGCUGUCAAGAAAUACUUGGCUGCUGUCCUAGGGAAAAGGUAUAAACAAAGGGUUAAAAACAAAGGACGCCGAAUAGCAUUUUUGUAGCGAUGAGUUAUCAGCUACCCUUGUGUAUACAACCCUGACACAAUGAAAAGUCAUUUUCCCAACAAACUGGAAGUCAUCGCUCAUGUGUUCUAUCCAAACAUGUAUUUAUGUAUGAAGUAAAGCCAUUAAAUGAAU